CGACUCGAUACGUCAGCGAGCGACUACAAAGAUCGGCGGCCCCAGGUCAGUUUGCAAUUGAAUCCCCCCAGCACAAGUGCAGAUGCUGCGCUGCCGCCCAUUUCUCUCGGGCCGCAAGGCAGCUGCCACCCUCCUUCCCCGCGCGACUGCGUCGCGCUUCCUUUCUGACGAGGCCACGAAGAAGAACGACCGUUUGCUCGUCAUGACGAAUGGCAGUGUUGCCAAGCACUCCCACGUCCUUCUUGGUCUCAUGAACAAAUUGUCGUACACGUUUCCAUCGGUGGGGUACUUUCGCCCCGUGGCGCCAAACUUUCACUCUUCGUACAACGACCAUCACGUGGAGCUCAUUCGCAGCGAGUUCAAGAUCAAAGACGAACCGUACCAGCUCGUGGGAAUGACGCAGAGCGACAUCACGCACGCGCACCUGGAAGGUGACCCCGAUUCGGUCAUCGAAACCAUGUUGUCCAAGUUUGAAGACCUGCGCGCGAAGCACGACUUUGUCGUGAUGGAAGGUGCCAAGUUGGACUCGUCUCCCGAACUCAGCUGGGAGCUGAACGUCGACAUUGCAAAAUCGCUGAACGCCCCUGUGCUGUUGACGGUGGAUGCCGACGAUUUAGUUGUGGACCCCGGCCUCCACUGGACAGACGCCGAAGCGCUCUCGUGGCUCGCGGAUCAAAUCACGACACGCGUGCUUCUCGCCAAAGACAUGGCACAAGCCGAAGGUUUGACGCACGUCGGGACGCUUGUCAACCGCGUCAGGACGCCAGAUGCAUUGGAGUUGCGCGAACACGUUCACGCCCAAAUCAAAGCCCGCGGCUUCGACCCGUCCAAGUUGCUCGGCAUCCUGCCGGUGGAUCCCGUCUUGGACUCGAAGCGGCUAAACGAAGUCGUGGCUCAGUUGCAUGCCAAGCAAUUGUACGGCAACCCGAUGUCCAACUCGGUUGUCGUCACAGACGGGCUCAUGGCGACGGCUGAUCUCAAGGACCUCUUCAAGCACAUCAACAAGCACGACGACGGGCUGCUCGUGAUCGUGUCGGCCGAACGUACUGAUGUUAUCCUGGGCCUUGUGGCUAGCCGCUUGUCCGGCGCGCUGCCCCAAAUUUCGGGCAUUAUCUUAACCAACGGCGGGAUUCCCCAAAACGAAUGCCAGGAGAUUCUAAAAGGCCUGUCCAAAAUCGGCAAGGCCUCGGUGCCUAUCUACUCUGUUGAGACGGACUCGUACCACACGGGGAUUGCGUUGAGCAAAGUCACGUGCGACAUCUUGCCGACAAGCCAAAACAAAAUCCAGCACGCCUACAUCUUGUUUGACAAGAACGUGGAGAGCAAAGAAUUGUUGAGCCAUCUUGUGGAACAGAGCGGCGGCAACAGACGCACCCCCAAGCAGUUCAAGCACUUUCUCUUUGAAGCAUCUCAUAAGGCGGACCAACACAUUGUUCUCACGGAAGGCGAAGAUGACCGCAUUUUGCAAGCGGCCGAUGAAGUGCUGCGCCGUGGCAUUGCGCGCCUGACGAUCUUGGGCGACGUCGACUCGAUCAAUGCGCGCGCCAAGACGCUUCGUCUCGAUUUGUCCAAAGCGACCUUGCUCAACCCAUUGAAAGCCGAGAAGCUGGCGAUGUAUGCAGACCAUUACUACGAAAAGCGAAAGGCCAAAGGCAUUACCCCCGAGCUCGCCAAGGAGACCGUCGGCGAAGCGACUUACUUUGGUACGGUCAUGGUGGACGUGAACGACGCAGACGGGAUGGUCUCUGGCGUUUGCCACACGACGGCCAACACGAUUCGACCUGCUUUGCAGUUGAUCAAGACGCGACCAGAUAUUCCCCUCGUCUCGAGUGUGUUCUUCAUGUGCUUGGAGCACGACGUUGUGUUGUACGGCGAUUGCGCUGUCAACACGGACCCAACUGCGGAGCAGCUCGCUCAAAUUGCUGUUCAAAGUGCUGAAUCCGCCAAGGCAUUUGAUAUCGAGCCUCGUGUGGCGCUUCUGUCGUAUGCCACGGGCGACUCGAACAAAGGCCCUAUCAUUGAUAAAGUGCGGGAGGCCACAAAGUUGGCUCAAACGAUGGCCCCGGAGGUGUCGAUCUACGGACCGAUCCAAUACGAUGCCGCGACGAACCCAUCCAUUGCCAAGCAAAAGGUCAAGGGCCUCAAGCAAUCCGAGAUGGACGUGGCAGGACAUGCGAACGUGCUUGUGUUCCCGGACUUGAACACCGGCAAUAACACAUACAAGGCGGUCCAGCAGUCGACCGACUGCUUGGCCAUCGGGCCGAUGUUGCAAGGGCUGAAUAAACCCGUGAAUGACUUGAGUCGUGGGGCAACCGUCGGUGACAUCGUCACGACUGUCGCCCUGACGGCGAUUCAAGCCAGGCAGAGCAAAAAGUAGUGAAUAUAUAUGUUGGUACCGUCACGGAUAUUUCUCGGAGUUGGCAAUUGACGAAAUAUUAUGUUUGGCAAUAAUAUAUGCAAAUCUGACCGCCA